AUGAAAGAUGGCACUUAAGCAAUCAAGGUUAAACAUGUAAAAGCUUUGUUCUCUAAAUCUGGAUUGAGUCAAAAUAAAUUAAAAGAAAUUUGGAAUCUAUGUAAUAUUGGAAAAGGGCUAUUUGAACAAAAAGAGAAUUUAUUGUUGCUUUGCAUUUGGUUUAAUUGUGUUCUAAAUGUAAACACCCUUUACCAACCAACUUACCUGAUUCUUUACUAUAGAUUGCUGCAAGAAUCACCAUUAACUCAAGGAAUAGAUCAGGGUCAAAUCAAAAUGCAGUUCCUCAAUAAAGAUUUGGUUCCAAUCCUAAUUUACUCGUUUAGCCUUAAAGAAGAUUAGGAUCAAAUGACAAUGAGGGAAUUUAACAGUUUUAAGCUUUUCAAUAGGUAUUGA